AUGUUGUCGGUCAACAUCCCUGCCUACUCAAAACCAUCCGGCUACCAGCUUUCUGAACUCCCGAAGCCGGAAAUUCAGGACCCGAAAGAUGUUCUUGUCAAGGUUCACGCUGCCAGUAUAAAUCCAAUCGACGUGAAAAAGGCCGAUGAUGGCCUGAAGGUGACUCACUCUGAAUGGUUCAGGUUCCCAUAUAAGAUUGGCUAUGAUUGCGCCGGUACAGUCGCUGAGGUUGGAGCAGACGUGACGCGGUUCCAAGUCGGAGACGCAGUCUACGUUAGAUUACCGGAGACGGAUCGAGGCUCGUGGAGUGAGUAUGCCAAAUGUGCAGAGGAAUACAUCGCUCUCAAGCCACCGUCGUUGUCGUUUGAGAGCGCAGCGUCGAUUCCAUUAGCAGGAAUGACGGCUCUUCAGGCGCUGAGAAAAUAUGAUGGCGAUCUUUCUGGGAAGACUGUAUUUGUACCGGCUGGAUUGAGCGGGACCGGUCUAUACGCCUGCCAACUUGCAAAACACGUCUUUAAUGCCGGGAAGGUGAUUACGACCGUCUCGACAUCGAAAGUCGCCAAGGUGGACGAACUCUUAGGAAAGGGAGCCGUCGAUCAGAUAAUUGACUACAAGAAGGUCGACCCAAAGACUGCGAUUGAGCACGGUACUGUUGAUUACUUGUUUGACACAGCAGGUGUCGCCAUGGAAUACCUUUGUUUGAUGCGACCAAAGACCUGUUGGGUCGUGUCUAUUGCAACAUCCCCUUCAGGAAACCAGCUACAGGACUUUCUUGAAGGCCGCAACUCUGUCCCAAUCUAUGUCAAACUCGUCCUGAAUCUACUGGAUAACAUCCGCAAGAUGCGUGCUCGACGCUACGGUGUUAGCUAUACAUACAUGUUCCUGCAUGAGAACGGCAAGGACUUGGACGCGAUGCGAGAAUAUGUUGAAGGGGGUAAAUUGAAAACAGUCGUGGGUACUACAGUGGAUAUGUCCGAUAUUCAGGCCAUGCGAGCCGCCUGUCAUGUUGUGUACAGCAACCAGGGAGGCCUUGGAAAGGCUGUGAUUAAAGUUGCUCAGUCUGGGAAUUGA